AAACAAACUUUACCUAAGCUUGUUCCUUCUCAAACAAGCCCUAUUUUAUUUUGAUUGAUUUUCUUAUUAGAGAGUCAUUAGUCCCGAUCAUAGUGUCACACACACUCACCCAAAGCAAAGGUUUCUCUUCUCCCGCUUCUCCGCACAAAUGAGUGACAUACGAAAGUGGUUCAUGAAAUCACAUGAAAAGGCAAACAAUGCCGCUGCUCCCAAACCUUCCAAUCCACCCAAGCCUUCUUCUGCGGUCAAACCCGACCCGGACAAAACGGUGCCGGAAGGUCAAGGAAGUUCAGGGAGAAAGAUAACUAGCAAAUAUUUUAAUAAAGAUAAACAAAAGCCGAAAGAUGAGAAAGAAACCCAGGAGCUCCCUGCUAAGAGAAAGAAUGGGAAGGACUGCGAGGAGUUACCGGAGUCUCGUCCUUUGAAGAAAAUUCACAAAGCUGAUGAGGAUGAGGGAGAUGAUGACUGUGUCUUGGUGGCUGGUAAGAAGAAGGUAGCUGAUUCCACGCCAACAAAGAAAUUGAAGAGUGGAUCGGGUAGGGGGGUCCCCAAGAAAUCUGCGGAUUUGGAAGAAGAUGAUGAAGAUGAUGGGAAAGAAGCUGCCACUCCUGCUAAAUCUGGCGGAAGGGGUCGUGGUGGAAGAGGAGCAUCAGCACAAGCAGCUGGUGGGAGAGGUAGAGGGGGUGGUGGUAGGGGUGGAUUCAUGAAUUUUGGAGAAAGAAAAGAUCCUCCACACAAGGGAGAAAAGGAAGUCCCUGAAGGUGCUCCUGACUGUUUAGCUGGUUUAACUUUCGUAAUCAGCGGAACACUGGACAGUUUGGAACGAGAAGAAGCAGAAGAUUUGGUUAAACGCCAUGGUGGCCGUGUCACUGGAUCAGUCAGCAAGAAAACGAAUUAUUUGUUAUGUGAUGAAGAUAUUGGGGGACGGAAGUCCGAAAAAGCUAAAGAGCUAGGAACAAAAUUCCUCACAGAGGAUGGGUUGUUUGAUAUGAUUCGUGCAUCAAAACCUUCAAAAGCUACCUCACAAGAAGAAUGCAAGAAACCUCUGAAUAAGGCUGUUGCAGUAGCACCCCAGACAAAAAGUGCCCCAAAAGCUGAAGCAAAGGUCUCUUUGUCUUCACGCUCACCUUCCAACCAAUUCAAGCUGAAGACAGCAACUGCUACUCAGUAUUCUUUGACGUGGACAGAGAAAUAUCGGCCUAGAGAUCCAAAGGAUAUCAUAGGGAAUCAGUCACUUGUGUCUCAACUUCGAAAUUGGUUAAAAGCUUGGCAUGAGCAAUUUUCGGUUUCUGGUAACAAAAAACAUGGAAAAAAGCAAAGUGAUUCGGGUGCCAAAAAAGCUGUUUUGUUAAGUGGAACCCCUGGUAUAGGAAAAACAACUUCAGCAAAGUUGGUCUGUCAGGAGCUUGGUUUCCAGGCCAUAGAGGUGAAUGCUAGUGAUAGCCGUGGAAAAGCUGAUGGCAAAAUUGAAAAAGGAAUUAGUGGAAGCAAUGCAAAUACUAUGAAGGAACUUGUAACCAAUGAGGCUCUCGGCAUUAAUAUGGAUCGGUCAAAGCUUUCCAAAACUGUGCUUAUUAUGGAUGAGGUUGAUGGGAUGUCAGCUGGUGAUAGGGGUGGUGUUGCUGAUCUCAUUGCCAGCAUCAAGAUGUCAAAAGUUCCUAUUAUUUGCAUUUGCAAUGACCGUUACAGCCAGAAACUGAAAAGCCUUGUGAACUACUGUUUGCUUCUUAGUUUUCGGAAGCCUACAAAGCAACAGAUGGCAAAGAGAUUGAUGGAUGUUGCAAAGGCUGAAGGGCUUCAAGUUAAUGAGAUUGCUCUUGAGGAACUAGCAGAAAGAGUUAAUGGAGAUAUGCGCAUGGCACUAAACCAGCUACACUAUAUGAGCCUCUCCAUGUCAGUUAUCAACUACGAUGAUAUUAGGAAGCGCUUACUUAACAAUGCGAAGGAUGAAGACAUUUCACCAUUCACAGCUGUUGAUAAGCUUUUUGGUUUUAAUGCUGGAAGGUUGAGAAUGGAUGAGAGAAUUGAUCUUAGCAUGAGUGAUCCUGAUCUUGUCCCUCUUCUUAUCCAGGAAAAUUAUAUUAAUUAUAGACCAAGCUCGGCCGGUGAAGAUGACAGUGGUAUAAAACGCAUGAACCUGAUUGCCCGAGCUGCUGAGUCUAUUGCUGAUGGGGACAUAGUGAACGUUCAGAUUCGCAGAUAUCGACAGUGGCAGCUCUCUCAAACUAGUUCUGUUGCAUCAUGUAUAAUUCCUGCUGCAUUAUUGCAUGGACAACGGGAAACACUUGAACAGGGAGAGCGGAAUUUUAAUCGGUUUGGUGGAUGGCUGGGUAAGAACUCAACAAUGGGUAAAAACAUGAGGCUUUUGGAUGAUCUGCAUGUUCACAUUCUUGCAUCUCGUGAAUCUAGCUCUGGAAGGGAUACUAUUCGCUUGGAAUACCUUACCCUUUUUCUUAAACAAUUGGUAGAACCUCUUCGAGUCCUGCCUAAGGCUGAAGCUGUUCAGAAAGUUGUGGACUUUAUGAAUACUUACUCAAUCAGUCAGGAAGACUUUGAUACUAUAAUCGAGUUAUCAAAAUUCAAGGGUCAUCCUAAUCCGCUAGAUGGCAUACAGGCUGCUGUUAAGUCAGCCUUGACAAAAGCAUACAAAGAGCAAAGCAAAUCUCGGAUGGUUCGAGCUGCAGAUCUAGUCACUCUUCCUGGAAUAAAGAAGGCACCUAAGAAGCGAAUUGCUGCUAUUCUAGAACCAAAUGAUGAAGCAGAACAAGUUGAUGGUGACACCUUGGAUGAGAGUGAAGAAGAGAACACCUCUGACACAGAGGAUUUGGGCACCACCACUGGUGAGAAGCUGCAGUCAGAACUUCAAAGUUUGAAUUCAAAGGCCACGCAAGUACAAUUGGAGUUGAAGGGAACGGAAAAAUCGAGUUCCAAUAAGACAUCCGGUGGUAGAGGUAGAGGUAGAGGUGCUUCUGCAUCUGCGCAGAAGGAUGCUCCAGCUUCAAGAGCUGCUGCAAAAAGAAAGAGGUGAUUAAACAAUAUGCCUCUUUCUGGGGAUCCUACUGCGAAAGAGUUGCAUAUGAACCCUGGUAGAGGUAAAGGUGCUUCUGCAUCUGUGUAGAAGGAUGCUCCAACUUCAAGAGCUGCUGCAAAAAGAAAGGUGAUUAAACAAUAUGCCUUUUUCUGGGGAUCCUACUGCGAAAGAGUUGCAUAUGAACCCUGGUAUUUGUGUAAUUGAUGUUAGGUGUUUAUAAAUUUUGAGUUUACUUUUAGUAAAUUUUCCAAGGAGGACCCCAUGAACCAUGGAUUACUUGAUGUUCUUAGAAUCCAGAUGAUGUCCUCAUUAUAACCUUGCAUGCUACAAUGUGAAGAAUUCCUAACUUGAGCUGUUACUUUUAUUC